AGUACUAUGGCUGAAUAACGAGCAGCGGAGGUUUAAAAUCACACAUCCUACCAUCAUGUCCUAUUCUAAUCACUGUAAGCAACUUUUAGACAAACUAAACAAGCAAAGAGAAGCUGGCUUCCUGUGUGACUGCACCAUAUUUAUUGGCGAGUUUCAAUUCAAGGCUCACAGAAACGUGCUUGCUUCUUUCAGUGAAUACUUUGGAGCCUUCUUCAAGGAUGCAUUGGACAGUAUUGUACUUCUGGAUCAGAAGCAAGUGACACCUGCUGGAUUCCAAACACUUCUAAAUUUUAUUUACAGUGGAGAUUUACAUUUUGAUAGUUGCAAUAUUGAAGAGAUUCAUUUGGCUGCAGAACAUCUCAGGCUAGAGGAUGCUCUAUCAAAAUGCAAAGACAAAAUGGAAUCUCUGGUAUCAAAUUCUUGUGUUACCAAGUUGCCUCAUGUGAAGAAUACCCUUGAUUCUCCUGAAGUGUCUUCCCAAUUUCACACUACUGGUGCAACCAAUGUCAAGAAAACAAAAGCUACUUGUGCCCAGCUUGAAACAAAAACAAUAGUUACAGUAAAAAAGCCCCCUCGAAAUAAAAAAUGGAAAAAAACAAUGCGAUCCCAUCAAAAAGUUCUGACUGCUACACAAAACCAGCCUGUUAAUCAAAUAAAUACAUUUGAUCUCACCUUAGAUGCAAAUAAGCUGUCAGCAGAGAAACUAACCCAGGAUAGCAGUAUCUGCCUGUUGCAGUGUCCAUCUACCAUAGAGUGUGAAACCUUGUUUACCCAAGAUAUAACUAUACAGACUCUGCAUGUGAAUCAGAAAACUGCAAAAUUACAGCAGGAUUAUGCACUCAAAGAACACUGCAUGUCUAAUAUUGCAAGUGCUACUAAUGUACGUAAGAUGGAGAGCUCAAAUGAGGAACUGGCUGAAAAUUACUUAAAGAAUAAACCAGUGUGCAAUACAUGUGGCAAGGUGUUCUCAGAAGCCAGCAGUCUUAGGCGCCAUAUGCGGAUCCACAAGGGUGUUAAACCUUACGUGUGCCAUCUAUGUGCAAAGGCUUUUACUCAGUGUAACCAGCUGAAAACUCAUGUAAGAACUCACACAGGAGAAAAGCCAUAUCAGUGUAAACUCUGCGAUAAAGGCUUCGCUCAGAAAUGCCAGCUGGUUUUCCAUAGCCGAAUGCAUCAUGGAGAAGAGAAACCUUAUAAAUGUGAUGCCUGCAAUCUACAGUUUGCCACCUCUAGCAACUUGAAAAUUCAUUUAAGAAAACAUAGUGGAGAAAAGCCUUAUGUCUGUGAUAGAUGUGGUCAGAGGUUUGCUCAGGCCAGCACUCUGACAUACCACGUGCGCCGGCACACAGGAGAAAAGCCUUACGUUUGUGAUACCUGUGGGAGAUCAUUUGCUGUCUCAAGUUCCCUAAUAACUCAUGCCAGAAAGCAUACAGGGGAGAAGCCAUACACAUGUCGAGUUUGUGCAAAGAGUUUUAUUUCUUCAGGCGAACUGAAUAAACACAUCUGGACUCAUACAGGAGAAAGGCCUUUUGUAUGUGACCUGUGUGGAAAUUCAUAUACGGAUGUGAAAAACUUGAAAAAGCACAAAUCCAAAAUGCAUCAUGGAACUGAGAAAACAACUGAAACUCUAGAAAAUGACAACACUUUAAAUGAAGAGGAUCAUAUGAAGAAUAAUCCUCUGCAAGACAACCUUGAUUUGAAACCUGAAUUUUCUUUAUCAUUAACUCUCCCUAUUGGCCCAGAAGACCAUCAGAUGUUGCUGCCACUAACCGAUAGCCAGUGUCUAUCUUCAGAAACACUCCUUAGAUCAUCUGCCACCAAUUAUUCAGAACCACAGUUCAUUUUUUUACAGCAGCUGUAUUGAUUAGAACAUUUUAAAAAUCAAAAGGAUGCAAGAAAUAAUUGUAUGUUUCAGUUAACCAGAACAUUAUCAUGGUAUCUUCUAAAUUUACCAAAAUAGGUUUUUGUGAAAGUGUUCUCAAAACUAGACAGAAAUAUUAAAAUAAACUCUUAGGGCGAUAUUAUAUUCUGUUACUGAAGCUUGCAGUCAGUACUUUUUCUACAGAUUAUUUUUAUUAAAGUCUACCAGAAUGUUUGUAUAAAUUAUUAUAAAGGGAUUUCUACAGGA